UUUCAGCUGAGUGGUCUACCGUAGAUUUAGGUGAAGAUGAAGAGAGUUAUCUUGUUUUUAUAGCAGUGAAUUGAAAAAAAAUGCUACAAAAUGUAAUUAAGUAUUUCUCCCUCCUCUGCACCCUCCCCUCCCCAAAAGUAAAAAAAGUAAAAAAAAGUUAACAUUUGUUAAGGAGAAAAUUAAGGUUAGGGAUCACAGCAGAGAUUAACAGGUAGAUUUCUGCAUUGUGUUCUGGUAUGUUUUUGAUAAGUGCUUUGCAGGAAAAGGGUAAAAUUCAUUAAUCCUUCCCCUUUAUUGCGAGAAGGGAAAAGUGUGUAAAGCAAUUCGACCUCAGCUUGUCUCGGCUUCAACCUUUCUGCCUGCAUUUCAAAGCAAUGCAUUUGUCACCCCCUGUGGUGGUGGACUGCUUUUUCUUUUUCUGAACUGUAGCUUUGUAUGAUGCUAUUUUUUUCCCUGCAAAGUGGGCAGAAAGCCUAGAGGAUACUGUGCCCUCUUAGAAUCCCUACUCUGCCCCUGGAGUCUUUCAAUGCAAUAUCUAGAUCAACAAGGAGUUGAAAAUUGAGCAGAUGUGUGACAAAUGGUUCUCUAUCUAGUCAUGUUCCACCAGUUUUUAACUGGUAAGGUCAGGAUGUCCCAUCCUGGCAGUAAUGACCGUGGCAACCUCCGUAGCAACUAGGAAACACUGGCAGCAAAUGGCUUCCUGUGUCGAACAGGAAAAAAAGGCAAGAUUUCUGCAGUGGGACUAAAUCCAAAUUGACCAGAUGUCGUGUUACCGAUAGCUGAUCACAACUGAGUCCUGCAGGUAGCUGCUUUUGCGAGAAUGGCUCGUUCGGCAGGGUUCCUGCCUACGGGUCACAGGUAUUGCAGCGUGGUGCCAGCUCUGGACAAGCUCUCGUGCUCCAGCGUCACACCUGGUGUCAAUCCCUGCUGCAGGAGCUCUUUUGUGGUGCAUCCCGCCUGGAUCGCCGAGCCUCUCACCCCCCAGAGGUGCCACUGCCUCCCCUCCCCUGGCCCAGCAUGGAAGAGGCUGAGCGCACCAGGGAGAUCAGUGGGCUUAGGCUGCAAUGUACCUGUGCUGGUGAGAGGGGAACAAGAUGGAUUUUACUACCGUGGUACAGUAAAAGAGGAGAUAGAGAAUGAAAGAGGCAUGUUUCUGGUAGAGUUUGCCGAACCACUUGUGUCACAUGGAAGCCAUCCAGUGCGUGUGCAAAAAACAGCAAAGGAUGACAUCCUGGAAUGUGUGAACGGGAUGAAGCACUCCUUACUCCCUGGAGACAAAGUGCUGGCACCCUGGGAGCCAGAUAUGGCCAGGUACGGCCCAGGAACCGUCCUCACAGGCAUUGAGACAAGGGACCCCUUACGAGCCUCAGAAGAUGAAGAAAUUAUGAUCCAGUUCUGGAAUGACAAGAAAGUGAAACUCCAGCGAGGUGUGGCUCUGUGGAUCCCUCCUAGCCUGUGGGAGAGGAUUGUAGAGAUGAUCCACAUGCCCUUCACCAGCAGGGCGAAGCCCAGAGAAAGUCCAGAUGCUAACUCUUGUACUUUUUCCUGCAGUCCUAAUACAGCCUUGAUUCCUGUUUGUGCUGUACAUAGCCUUGCCAAGCACUGCGUGCUCUGCUCACCCUGCUGGCCACUUUUCCACUAUCACUGUGAUGGUAUAUGCUGUUCGUCAGCAUAUGUAAGGUGCAUCUGCUGCUGCCAUCCCCAUGUUGAUGCUUGGUGGCCUCUUCCAUCCAGGUCUCUGGUCUUUCAGAGAGAAACUGAAGAGGCGGAGUCCAGCAGCAAGCCCUCUCCACACCUUCUAGAACUGGAAGGUCCAAACCAAGAACAACCAGCAGUUGUCGCAGCAUCUUCCCCCUCUUCCGAUUCAGAGUGGGACCUGGAACCGUUCCCCGCUAAGAGUACUGUGGUGGACAGUGCUGUUAACACAGAGUCUGUCUGUCUUGAGAAGUCCAGGCUAAAGGAUUCUGCAAGACCAGAGGGAAAUACUGGAAAAGAAGCUACCACAGGUCCCAUCCCAGUAGUUCAGGACUCAGCAGCUACAGCAGCAUAUGUACAAAGGGCAAGCCGGAAUCCAAAGCCAUCUCUGCUGGGGACAUGUCCCAUGUUGCCCCAGCUAAUUGGAGUGCAAUGUUUGAAACCAUCAAGCAGGCUCCCAGAGGGCAACUUAGAAUGAAAGAAGUCUUAAGAGACCAAGAUUUCAAGCCAUCACUGGGGGGAAGAAGGUUUUGCAGCAUCAGAAGAACAAAGACAUAAAAGAGCAAGAAAGAAAACAGCGUCAUAUGAUAAAUGUAAAGCGACUUGCACAGGAGAUGACAAACUUGACGAUACAGACCAUGUCAGAAGACGAC